AUGGAGUCGUCUUCGCCCUUGGCCGCUAUGCACCGUCCUAUGGCCAUGCCUUCCUGGGGAAGCAAGGAUCUUUUCCGACCUCGCCCUCACAGCUUCGCCGCCGGCCCCGGCCCCAUCAGCCUGCGCGAGCAGCUUCAAAGGUCAAACGAUUACUUCAAUGUUAAGGACCUUCAAGGCUCUUCGCCCGCUGCGAGCCUGGCCGCCGAUCUUUCCCAGAACUUUCGUCUGGACAGCGAAGCGAGUCCCAAGUUCCCGACGCCUCGGCGCGCCUUGUUCACGUCCAACAUGAUGGGUGAUUUGGAGUCGCAUGAUUACGUGACGACGCCUCCACUGCCCGAAUCGUCGCCUGCCCCCCUCAAUGAGAUGAUGGAUGUCUCGCCGCUGCCGCACAAGCUCCCGUUCAUGACCCAAAUCGAGAUUACGUCACCGACCCCGGGCUCGACUCCCACGGGCAACGAGGACGACGAGAUGAUGUUGGACUCGCCAGCCCCCAUUUCGCGGCAGACGUCGUUGGAGCCACCCAAGCCACUGGUAGCCGAACGGAGAAAGCCAGCCAUGCGCCGGCCCUCCCUGACUCGGAUGAAGGGCUACUCAACUAGUGGCGUUCCCGGCCGUUCCAACACAGACAACCAGCUCCCCACUUUCCGAUUUGGUGAGAAUCGUUUGACACAUAUGAGCAGCGCCCUGUCCCUGGGAGAGUGCUUCGAUGCCACAUCCCCUCCCCAGGAACGACGACCGCAGACUGCCAACAGCCCUACUCCUGCCGUGCCUGGUGCCGUUCGUCCUCGUCCUCAGUUCUCCAGCCUUUCGGGCAACCGCAGCAGCCCUUUUGGCAGUGCUCACGGCCGCCGGCCCUCCAAUCCUUUCAUGCGUCCCCGCAAGCAGUUCCGCCGCUCUCUGAGCAUGUUCGAGCACCCCGGCGACGUCGUCAAGUCCAAGUCGGAAGGCGGCGACUCCCCGCCCAGCACUCCCGAGUCCCACGCCAGCAUGGAUGCCGAUGAUGCCCAGGACCCCUUGCUGCCUCACUUCCUCGCCGAUGACCCUACCGACACCAUUCCCCGCAUCACGAGGGAGACCAUGGUGGACCUGCUGGACGGAAAGUACAGUGACCGGUUCGAUCAGAAGAUGAUCAUUGACUGCCGCUUCGAGUACGAGUACGAGGGCGGUCACAUUGACGGCGCCGUCAAUUACAACAGCAAGGACCUCCUCGCUUCCCAAUUGUUCCAACACCCUAUGCAAGGGCGCACCAUUCUCGUCUUCCACUGCGAAUACUCUGCCCACCGCGCCCCCAUGAUGGCUCGCCACGUCCGCUCCGAGGACCGGACUGUCAACGCCGAGCACUACCCGCGACUUACAUACCCUGACGUGUAUAUUCUUGAAGGAGGAUACAGCGGCUUCUUCGCCGAGCACCGCUGCCGGUGCUAUCCUCAAAACUAUGUGGAGAUGUCGGACGAGGCUCACCAACGCACUUGUGAACGCGAGCUCGGCCGUCUCAAGAACCCUCGCAAGGGUUUUGGCAGAGCCCAGACGUUCGCCUUCGGCCAACGCGAGUCCUGCGGCGUGGACCAGUCGCCCACCGCACCCUCGCGUCCCGGAGGCCUUAGACCCAGCGUCAGCUUCCGACAAGAUCCCAUCGCCAUGAUUGGCAACUCUCCAAUCCUCGGCGAACGAUGCCACGCGCGACGCAUGGCAUCCUACUAG